UAGGAUCCGCCCCUGCUACGGUGACAUUGCUGAGGAAAUGCGAAGUGAGGCGUAGCUCACUCUCUCGGCGUCUGGUACCAACAUGGCGGAAACAGCGGCAACAGCGGUGGCGGCGGACGGAGACGGUAAACUAAGCAAAAAGUAUUAAGUGUUUUGUAAAUGAGACAAGACUGUGACGGUUCAUUAUGAUGGCCAGAACUAUACAUAGGCUUCUUGGGCUGCAGGUAGCCGAAGUCUGCAAAGUCAGGGGUCACUGGGGAAAGGUGCCAAUGUACAGACUUGCUUCCUUUCCUGCCCUUUUCCAGAAGAGUCUACAUGAUGAAAAAAGUGAGCUGAAGAGGCGAAUGAAAGCAGAGAAGAAAGCUGCUGAGAAGGAGAUAAGAGCUAAAGAACUGGCUGAAAGGGAAGCUGUGAAAGACACAAAAGUCCAUGAAGUCAGCCUGGGUGGAGAUGAGGAGACUUUGGACCCUAAUCAAUAUUACAAAAUACGGACACAGGCCAUCCAGCAACUGAAGGGCACUGAAGAGGAUCCAUAUCCUCAUAAAUUCCAUGUAGAUAUAUCCUUAACAGAGUUCAUUGAAAAAUAUAAUCAUCUGCAGCCUGGAGACCAUCUCUCUGAUGUUUGUUUGUCUGUGGCAGGUCGUAUCCAUGCCAAAAGAGCCUCUGGUGCAAAAUUAAUUUUCUACGAUCUUCGUGGUGAAAGCGUCAAGCUACAGGUUAUGGCAAAUUCCAAAAAUUACAAAUCUGAAGAGGCUUUCAUUAAGGUAAACAAUAAGCUGCGACGUGGUGAUAUUAUUGGAGUGGAGGGAAACCCAGGAAAGACCAAAAAAGGGGAACUGAGUAUAAUCCCCACAGAGAUAAAACUACUGUCUCCCUGCCUGCACAUGUUGCCUCACUUGCACUUUGGACUCAGAGACAAGGAAACGAGAUAUCGUCAGAGGUACCUGGACCUGAUAUUAAACGAUUACGUGAGGCUGAAAUUCAUCACCAGGGCCAAAAUCAUCACCUACGUACGGACGUUUUUAGAUGAUCUUGGAUUUCUUGAGGUGGAGACACCCAUGAUGAACGUCAUUCCAGGUGGAGCUGUUGCCAAGCCUUUCAUUACGCAUCAUAACGAAUUAGACAUGGAUUUAUACAUGCGAAUCGCACCAGAGCUUUACCAUAAAAUGCUGGUGGUGGGAGGUAUUGACAGAGUGUAUGAAAUUGGCCGCCAGUUUAGAAAUGAAGGUAUUGAUCUCACUCACAAUCCAGAAUUUACCACUUGCGAGUUUUACAUGGCAUAUGCGGAUUAUAAUGACCUGAUGGAAAUCACUGAGAAGCUUCUUUCAGGUAUGGUUAAGAGCAUAACGGGUAGCUACAAGAUUACAUACCAGCCUGAAGGACCGGAAGGCCAAAGUUAUGAAAUUGAUUUUACACCACCAUUCAAGCGUCUGAGCUUGACAGCGGAUUUGGAGAAAAUUCUGGGAGAAAAAUUUCCAUCUCCUGAUCAAUUUGGUACUGAAGAGACUCGUAAAUUCUUUGACGACUUGUGUGUUCGAAAAGACGUUGAGUGUCCACCUCCAAGAUCUACAGCCAGGCUUUUAGAUAAGUUGGUUGGUGAUUUCAUGGAGGUCACUUGCAUUAACCCAACGUUCAUCUGUGACCAUCCGCAAAUCAUGAGUCCAUUGGCUAAAUGGCAUCGAUCCUUCAAGGGUUUGACAGAGCGAUUUGAACUAUUUGUCAUGAAAAAGGAGAUUUGCAAUGCAUACACAGAAUUGAAUGAUCCUGUUAAACAGAGAGAACUCUUUGAAGAUCAGGCUAAGGCUAAAGCUGCUGGUGAUGAUGAAGCCAUGUUUAUUGAUGACAACUUCUGUACGGCUUUGGAGUAUGGACUUCCUCCCACAGCUGGAUGGGGCAUGGGCAUAGAUAGAUUCACCAUGUUCUUGACAAAUUCCAGUAAUAUCAAGGAGGUCUUGUUCUUCCCAGCAAUGAAACCAGAGGACAAUAAAAAGAACGAUAGUGCUGAAAAUGCACCUUCAGCAGAUUAGAAACACUGCCAUUCAAUGGAUCACUGAAACAGGAUUACACCAUCACAUGCUUAAGUUUCUUAAAAAAUUGUCUUGUGACUCCAAAAGAAAGUUAAACUUGCUUGCAUUUCAAGUAUGCUGACAUUUUCAAGUUAUUUUUGUUUUGCGAUAAUCUCCAAUUCCUAUAAUUAAUUUCACAUUAAGAAAAUGUAACAAAAUUAUUUGUCAGUUUUAACAUCUUUUAUUCUGAUGUUUCUGGACUUUUCCUGAAUAUGUUCCUAGAAUGCAGCAUUUUUUUUGCAUUACAGAGAAGGAUACUGUAUUGAUGAAUCAUUAAAAAAUUUGAAGGAACAGUGAA